AUGCUAAUUUACGCAAUUCAAAUGAGUUGGUUUGCUAGUGAGUCGGAGUCCUCAGAAGGCACUCAGAAGGCACCAUCUGAUGGAAACAAACCAGGUAGUCAACUGCUCAAUAGCAGAGGCGGUAGUUUCGGUGUUGCCGGCCCUCCUGGGGCCUUCCCGCUCAUGGUCGCCGCUGAAACACUGGCCGCGAGCUUUGGAGUACAUAUGAAUCGAAGUCAAACCACAGGUGGUGUGGGAAGCGAAACCGUCUACACAAAAUCUCCCAUCUCCUUGAAGAAAUCACCCCCUAUGACCUCACAAUCCGGAUCAAGUUCUGCACCCUUAAAAUCCUCACCACAUGGUAAAUGUUAUUUUAAACUUGUUCUUUAA